CAUAAAUAUUUCCAUUUUAUAACUUGAGCAAUUUCGCUUUUUAUUAUGUAGGUCCUUUAAUAGCCCAGGCGAUUACUCAGUACCUCAAGGCUGCCGUAUUUGCACGAUCCUAACUCCACCACCGUCUAUUACCUACUUAGGUAUGUACGGAAAAAACUACUCACUACAAUGCUCGAAAAAGCGCAAACUUUCCCCCUCAAUGUCAACAGGCUAGCUACCUUGGGUAGGAAGGAGGCCUGGAUGACAACGGAGAUCAAGCCAUGUCCCAAUAUGGAACAGAAGAGAGUGUGCUAUCCGGAACUCGAGCUGUGGUGUCCACAAGACGGAACGCGGAACUUGACAGGCGAACCCGAGGCUACUCUCAAAGAGCUCAAGGGGAAGGAUGGCCUUUUAGGAUCAAAACCAGAGUUGCAGGAGAAAUGGUCUAUCAAAUUUGAGGGAGCUUAUAGACGUAUCAAGGGGCGUGACACAGCUGCCGUGCCGACUAUUAUGGCAGUAGCUUGGAAUGAGAACGGUCGUGACUAUAGUACCGAGGAUGAGGAUUUAUGGGUGCAGGUAUGUAAGGAUGUUGUGGUGUUUUUGAGAAAUAAUAACGCAUCCUAUUUUGGUGUUGAGAUUAUCCAUUGGGAUAUGCUGGACUACCAGGUUGUGACUUGACAUGGCAUGGUUGAUACGAGGGUAUUCACGUUGUGGCAGGAAUGGGGG